AUGUAUGAUGCGCUAGGACGAUUAUUGCGCAACUUCAGCGGCCAGCGCGCUUGCCCCGAUACUGCACCUCCCAAACCAAAGAGCUCGCCUACAGCCGCAUCGAUCACUUUCAGAUCGAUCACGCACAAAAAAGCUGCACAAAAAGCUGCACCAGCCAUGCUGCGCCACGCCCUGCACCGCGCGGCGCCGCGCCACGCCCUGCAGCGCGCGGCACCCGCAGCCGCCGCCGCGGCGAGGCGGACCUACCUCGCGCAACCGAAGCAGCGCUGGCACCUGGUCGACGCGGCGCAGGGCGUCAGCGUCGGGCGCCUCGCGGCGGCCAUCGCGCCCGUGCUCCGGGGAAAACAUAAGCCCGGGUUCGAGCCGCACCGGCACGAGCACGGCGAUAAUGUGGUCGUCGUGAACGCCGACCGGCUCGUCUUCACGGGGCGCAAGUGGAAGCAGAAAUUAUACAGGCACCACACGGGCUUCAUGGGCGGGCUAAAGGAGCGGACCGCGGCGGACCUGCAAAGGCGGAAGCCCGGCGAGGUGCUGCGGCGGGCCGUCCUCGGCAUGCUGCCGAAGAAUAAAUUAAGGACGAUCUUCAUCCGGCGGCUGUGGAUCUACCCCGGGCCGGAGCACCCGCACACGAACGUGGCCCCGUAGUGCGUCGCGGCGUCUUUUUUUCACGGCAGCCUCCGGUAUCUCCCGCGGCGACGAUGAACGUGUCGCCCCGGGUCAAAUGGCGAGGCGAGAGCACGGGGAAUCGCGCAUACAUAGUUGGCGCGGGCUCGCUUUUUUUUUUCCGUCCCGCGCCUGGACCGCGGCCCGACACGCAGGUCCUCCGCGGCGGCGGCGGCGUCGUCAGCUUAGUAAUUUGUGCUUUGGUAA